AUGAUGCACUCAGGGGCUGGAGUGCCAACCAUGGCCUAUUACUCCUACUCCAAUCAGAAUUCUCCUGCGGUGGAAACAGCAAACAAGGAGAAUCCAUUCGAUUUCCCCAGUGUUAACCUACCACCUCGACUGAAGAAUAUCGGACGGAAGAUCAGUCAGAUGUCGAAUGACUUUCUACCUACUGAAGAAGAUAUGACUAGUAGGAAAGUCCAGCUGGAAAGGAGGAGAUCUCACGAGAUGGAAGUUCCAGGGAUGGGGGAUGAACCUGUAAUGUGUCCAUUCUGUAAUAAACCUCUACCACCUAGUUUACUCGCUUCUCAACUUUUAUCCGGUAAACACGAUCAUAAUCAUCAAAAUCAAAACAAUCGACCUGGUAACGUAAGAAGAGCAUCUUCAAUGAGAGCGUCUUCCAACACGUCUUCACCUAGGAUAACACCUGCUCCACUCUCUCGAGUCCCAUCGGCAAGUACACCUCCCGCCAAACCACCUUUACUAGAUGCUCUACCUGUCAAAACACCGGAACCUGCCGCAUCUAAAGCAGUCGAAGCACCAAUACCAAGUGCGACCUCCGAGACGUUCGCUGCGACUGUCAAAGAAGGUGAUGUGGCCAAUCACGAUGCUGCUGAGAAAAUGAUCACGGAAGAAGAUAUAAAGCGAUGGUCAACCCUAUCUGGCAUUUCUAUUCCCAAAUCAUCAUCUACCGUUGUAAAGCCAACAGAGCCAACGACGAUCGUCUCACCCAUCCCUAAACCACUGGAGGAAAAAAAGGCUUUCCCAUUACUCCCGCCUCCUCCACCUGCCGCAUCAAAACUCACUAAACCCCCACCGACAGAUCGACCUUCUCCCACUUCAUCCUCGAAAUUCAAUCUGUUCAGGGGAAACAAAACGGACGCUGCAGAGGAAGAUGAAAGUGAUGACGAGGGUGUCGCGACGGGAUAUACCAAGUUGACGGGACCAGCAUCCGAUAGCGAGGAUGAGGGAGAAUCGAAGAAGCGAGUAGAGGAAAAAGCAGAGGAGCCGAAAGAGCCUGAACCAAAAGAUUCGACUAAGGAGAAGGCAAUGCCAGUAGAUGCCUCAUCUCCUGGAUCCAAUUAUUCGGAGCUUGCAGACGAGCAGAAAUCGGCAGAAGUAGUGGCAACAGCUGAUCCCGAUGAGGUGAAAAAGGUAUUGCAAGAAGUCCUAGGACGAGUCAACGAGCUGUCCAAAUCGCAAGCAGCUCUUCUCGCAUCCCAUUCCACUCUUCUCACUUCUCUCAAGAUUGCUCGAUCCAACCUUGCUAUGGCAGAGGCUAACUCUGAGAUGCUUGAAGCGCAACUGAAACGAGCUUCAGCCACCUCAGCCGCAUCCAAAGCCGGAACAUCAAGAAACGUGUCUGGUCCAGCUACGACCACUCCAGGUACGCCGCAACUCUCAGCUACUGCUUCUCGGGCUUCUGCAGAUCACAUCCGAGCCACGACCACUUCCAACUCUGUCGCCUCUCCUGCCUCUGCUGCUAGAACACCCGCCAGAGUAUCCUUGGAAGAGCGUACUAGGCCCACCUCGCUACACAUCACGGCGAAUGAACUUGCUGGUGCUGGCGGGCUAUCAGCGCCCUCGCCUGGUGGGCUCAGUUCGACGUCGAAUGGUAAUUCUUGGGGAUUCUGGAACGGAGGUAAGAAGAAGGUCACUGGUGCGCUUAGUCACGUUCACGUACCAUCCGCAUCAAGUGUGAUCGACGCUUUCCAACAACCUUCAAGACCGGGUACACCCAAUCCCGAUGGACAGCCUCGAAAGAGUACCGACUCGAUCUCGAAUUGGAUACCCACUUCUCCCGCUGCACCAUAUUCUGUACCAUUAGCAGGUGCCAGUGCUCGACCUCAACCCAGUAGAACUGCAACUCAUCACUCCGUCUUGAGCAAAUCACUGAACGAACAGCCAUCUCUCUCGAGAUCGAUGAGCGUGAUGAAUGUCCCUUCAACGGCAAGUCAGAGAUCUGUAUCUGCCAGAACUUCAUCUACUGUCAGUAACGAAGAAUUGUCCACCCUGAGACAAGCGUAUUCAGCCGCAGUAGCCAAGAUGGAUGGGAUGUCCAAGGAAUUAGCCGAAUUGAAGAAAGGCAAAGUGGAGAUGGAAGCUGAAUUGGAGAACUUAUCUCAAGCACUGUUCGAAGAAGCGAAUAAGAUGGUCGCGGAUGAGAGAAGGAGAGUGGCAGAGCUGGAAGAUUCCCUGAAGGAAGUCAAAGAGGAGAGAGAAGCUUUGAGAGAGACUAUCAAAGUGUUAGGUGGUAAAGUUGAAGAUAUACCUCAAAUCACACACACACAUCCUGAAGAGGACAAAGAGGACAGUAGUAAAGUAGAGGAAGAACGUGAUGGAGACGAAGAAGAGGAGAUGUUCAGACCUAGAGAUUUGGAUAAACAUUAUGCUGCGUUGAGGAAAUCUAUCCAUCACGUUGCCUCUGGUGCAGAUCUUCACGAAGACGAGGACGAUGCAGAAGCAGAAGGAAGGCCAUUGGUCAGUGAACCUGCACCUCUGGCACCAUCCUUAGGAAAUAGUAUUUCGUUGGGAUUGGAAGUACCUUCUCGAUCCAGUACGGGUUUGACAGAAGAAGAUAUUGAGAGACCAUUAUCGAGAUCGAUGCCUUCGUUACCUGCUGCUGCGGAGAACAACCCAUGGGCAACGGUCGCUCCUUCUUCACCACCGAGAAUUAAUGUCAAAGCAGCUACGCCCUCGCCUCAUAUACCUCUCGGAGGAUUACCUGACUUACCGAGUGAUCAAGCUGGAGAAGGGGAGGCGCCCAGUGGCUUGGGGUUGGAGGUUGAUAAAGGAUUAGUGGAAGGGGCGGUCGCAGGGGCAGAGGAGAAGAGGGUCGACAAUGAUUAG